GAUACCACCAGUAGCCUCGACCAUCACUAGGUUCAUCGAUAGCGAUAGCGACGAGAAGAAGAAAUCGAGAAAACGUGUGUGAUAAAGAACUAGCAGGUCAGAAUGUCUGGACGCGAAGGCGGUAAAAAGAAGCCACUGAAGGCCCCCAAGAAGGAAGGCAAGGACCUGGACGAGGACGAUUUGGCAUUCAAGGCAAAGCAGAAGGAACAGCAGAAGGCUAUGGAGGCCGCCAAGGCGAAUGCCUCCAAGAAGGGACCCCUUGUCGGGGGUGGCAUCAAGAAGUCGGGCAAGAAGUGAUAGUUAAUCUCUCCCGGAUGGACGCAGCCGCAGCAUUUUCAUACAAGUCUAAACGAAACAAAUGAAACAACCCUAUAUGUACUAAACUAAAUUGAAUGUGCAGCCAGUUCAUGGUUCUUUUUUAUACUUACGAUUACCAUUAAAUAGAUCAUUGUACGUGAUGCGGAA